CCCAACAACCCCGCCUCCUCGAAAAUGGUCCUCUCCGCCAUCACCUACACGCGCGGCGCGCUGCGCAUCCUCGACCAGACCAAACUCCCCCACGAAGAGCACUGGGACGCCAUCUACUCGUCGUCGGACGCCUGGCACGCCAUCAAAGCCAUGCGGACGCGCGGCGCGCCCGCCAUCGCCAUCGUCGCCGCGCUGUCCCUAGCUGUAGAGCUGGAGACGAUGAAGCUGUCCGCGGUCGGGGAGGAAGUGGCUGCGUUUGUGGAGGAGAAGCUGGGGUACCUGGUGACGAGCCGGCCGACGGCUGUGAAUCUGGGGACGGCGGCGAGGGAGCUGGUGGGGGUUGUGAAGGGGGCUGUGCGAGAUGCGAGGGGAGAGGGGAGGGAGGCGUCGGGGGAGGAGGUGAAGGAGGCGUAUGUGCAGGCGGCGGAGGUGAUGCUGGAGCAUGAUGUGAGGGAUAAUGAGCGGAUUGGGGAGUUUGGGGGGCGGUGGAUUCUGGGGUUGGUGGGGGAGGGGGCUGGUGGGGAUGGGGGGAGGGUUAGUGUGUUGACGCAUUGUAAUACUGGCUCGCUUGCGACAGCUGGCUAUGGGACAGCUCUAGGUGUUAUUCGCUAUCUGCACCAGAAUGGGUUGCUAGAGCGGGCGUAUUGUACUGAGACGCGCCCGUACAACCAAGGCUCGAGGUUGACAGCUUUCGAGCUUGUUCAUGACCAGAUUCCCGCUACUCUCGUCACCGACUCAAUGGCGUCUGCUCUUCUCCAACAAAAGGGCGCAAGCAGCAACAUCCAGGCCAUCGUGGUCGGGGCGGACCGCGUCGCUCGCAAUGGAGACACAGCCAACAAGAUCGGCACUUACCAGCUCGCAAUUGUCGCCAAACACCACGGCAUCAAGUUCCUAGUCGCAGCGCCAAGAACAACCAUCGACCUGUCCACGAAGUCUGGUGACGACAUUGUCAUUGAAGAGCGAGACGGUAAGGAGGUGACGAUGAUCAAGGGACCGCGCUACGAUGGAGUCAAUCUCGAUACGAGCGUUGUCGAACAGGUCAGCAUCGCGGCACCUGGAAUCGAUGUCUGGAAUCCCGCAUUCGACGUCACUCCCCAUGAGUUGAUUGACGCUAUUAUCACUGAUAAGGGGGUGGUUGAGAGGCGGGAAGACGGGAGUUUUAGCCUGUACGAGAUAAUGGACCAGGUUCCACCUUCAUCCGCGACUGUUCCUCACGAGUCGUGAUGAUGUUUGGUGUAGUAGCAGGCCAAACUGAGGUACACGGACUUUGGAGCAGCCUCUGUAUCCAGGUGGGAUUUGUGGGAAGAGCCGAGAGGGAAAAUGAUGGACCUACGAAUUUUACAGCAUGAUGAAACGGCUACCACCAACCUUUGGCAUCAACUGCUUGAAGCAUCUAGUACAGCCGCACGGGAUAAGAUUCCUGGAGGGUUGAAGCAUUGUAAAGGACAUUAGAAAGCUCGCAGAGAGCGACGGGCAUGGCGAGGAUGGAGUAUUGAUGUAUUUUUUUUUAGCAUUUGCAGCUAUACUCGACCCUCACUCUCACCUGUCUAAGGUGCUUGCAGGAAGCGAGUGCGGUUUCUAUAGCCUUUGAA